AUGUCUGUUACCAAAAACAGCGGGGCGCUUUUUUGUUUUCCCCACUCUCUCUAGUCUAUUUUACACUAUUCAUCGUCGCUUCUUCCCAUUCAAACAAUCUCUGCACUGAAGAAUUCCAUAGCUAUGGCGGCUGUGUUCCGUCGCUUUUCAAAUACGAACCAAAAGUACCCUCUCCUUUGUACACUAACUACAAAUUUCACUUCUCUUUCGACUCCAAUCAAUAGAAAAUAUAUUAAAGCUCCUUUUCAAGUUAGAGGCGAAACAACUACUCCUGAAGUUGUUGCUGGGUUUGAUGAGAUGGCAGCUGGAAACAAGCGGAAGUAUUACAUGUUAGGUGGGAAGGGAGGUGUUGGAAAAACAAGCUGUGCUGCUUCCCUUGCUUUAAAAUUUGCUAAUAAUGGCCACCCAACCAUAGUAGUCUCAACUGAUCCUGCUCACUCCUUAAGUGAUUCUUUUGCGCAGGACUUGUCAGGAGGGAGGCUUGUUCCUGUUGAAGGAGUGGAGUCCCCUCUCUUUGCUCUUGAGAUAAAUCCAGAUAAAGCCAAAGAAGAUUUCCGCAAUAGGAUUCAAAAGAGAGGUGGUAGUGGUGUCAAGGACAUCAUGGAUGGCAUGGGUCUUGGAAUGCUUGCUGGCCAGUUGGAGCAACUUAAACUGGAAGAGUUGCUGGACACUCCUCCGCCUGGCCUAGAUGAAGCUUUAGCAGUUUCCAAGGUUAUGCAAUUUGUUGAUUCACAAGAAUAUAGUAAAUUUUCACGCAUAGUGCUUGAUACAGCACCAACGGGUCAUACACUUCGGCUUCUAUCCCUACCUGAUUUCCUGGAUGGAUCUAUUGGCAAAAUGAUGAAGCUGAAGAAGAAAUUAGCUUCGGCCACUUCAGCCAUCAAGUCUGUCUUUGGGAAAGAAGUACCACAGCAGGAUACUUCCACAGAACUGGAGCAACUGAAGGAGAGGAUGGCCAAAGUCCGAGACCUUUUCCAUAACCCGGAUACAACUGAGUUUGUUGUAGUUACAAUUCCUACGGUACGUUGGUACGCCUCAGCGUACACUUUUAUAUGGACCCAUGGUGUCUAUAUUAUGGGGAAUUUGAACCCUUGACCUGAGGGCUGGGUGACGAGAAGGGUGCUCUUCCAGUUUCAAGGGAGAUGUUUUGCCAUGUCAAAAAAUGUUGCAAUCCAUGCCUACGCUGAGACUGGGUAAUUGUAAAUGUGCAUUACCUAAAACUUGUGUGGCUAUGGAGAGUAAUGAGUUGAGGCAGCCUUAUUGUGACACAACUAGGAGCUUUAUACAAUAUUUUGUAACUACAAGUUUCUAAAACUUUUAGCUGGAAUUUUCACACUUCUGUACCAUAAAUCUGGUACAAUACUUCUAAUAACAUUUAUAUUCUAUGUUGUCACUUGAGAUCGGCUUCUUAAACUGGAAACAUUUCAUAACUGCUUUGCUUGUUGUCACCUCCGUGAUUUUUCAAAAUACUUGAUUGAAUCUUUGUCAGCUAGAAAGCAUAUGAUGAAACAAGCACACAAAUUCUGCUAACAAAAGGCUUUCUACAAUGGAGCGUAGUUUGCUAAUCAUGUUUUAAGGGCUAUAGACUAUAGUUAUAUUUCACGAUUUUGUGGUUAUUCAUGCUUAUGAAGGUUAUGGCAAUAAGUGAGUCAUCAAGGUUGCAUGCGUCAUUGAGGAAAGAAAGUGUUCCAGUUCAGAGGCUUAUUGUUAAUCAGGUUCUACCGCCCUCUGGGUCGGAUUGCAAAUUUUGUGCUGUGAGGAGAA